AUGACAUGUAGAAUUCAAGAUCCCAUCCCAAUUCCUCACAAAUAUUUUCAAGCAGGUGACUUCAUCGUUGGUGGUAUUACAUCUUUUGUCUUCAAAAGUAGAAAUGUAGAAAACUUUGAGGAAGUUCCCAAGCAUUUUGAUAUUGGUGAACCUCAAUACAAAAUUUCAUUUGAUGCAGAAUCUAAUUCCCAUUGCAGAGUUCUGAUCAAGUAUUAUCAGCAUAUUUUGAGCAUGAUAUUUGCUGUGCAGAAGAUCAAUGAAGACCUCCAGCUCUUACCUAACAUCACCUUGGGCUUUAGAAUAUAUGAUACUUAUGGUGGAGAGAACACAUAUCAUGCCACAAUGGAACUUCUCUCCAAUCAGAACCUAUUCAUUCCCAACUACAAAUGUGGCCUUCUGAACGACCUUGUAUCAGUUGUUGGGACUCUUGAUCCUGCAAUUUCUUUUGAUAUGGCAGAUAUUUUAAGCAUUUAUAAGGUCCCACAGAAUCUACCUAUUUCAAUGUGUGCUGAGAGCUGCCUCCCUGGAUAUUUCAAAAGAAAGCAGGAGGGAAAACCAUUUUGCUGUUAUGAUUGUCAUCCAUGUCCCAAAGAGAAAAUGUCAAGCCAGAAAGACAUGGAUGACUGUUCCAAAUGUCCAGAUGAUCAAUAUCCAAAUAAGAACCAAGAUUCAUGUCUUUCCAAGAGAAUUUCAUUCUUAUCCUUUAAAGAGCCAAUGGGAAUAUGUCUAGUGAUUCUGGCAAUGUUCUUUUUUCUCUGCACAGUUGUGGUUAUGGCAACAUUUUUAAAAUAUCAUCAUACUCCCAUUGUCAAGGCUAAUAACCGAAAUCUCAGCUAUGUUCUUCUCACCUCCCUCCUCCUCUGCUUCCUUUGCUCACUGCAGUUCCUUGUUGCACCAGGCGAUAUAAUAUGUCUCCUCCGACAAAUUAGCUUUGGCAUCAUCUUCUCAGUGGCUGUGUCUUCUGUGCUGGCAAAAACUAUCAUUGUGGUUCUGGCUUUCAUGGCCACCAAGCCAGGAUCCAGAAUGAGGAACUGGGUGGGAAGAGGACUGGCUGCCUCCAUUGUUCUUUCUGGCUCCCUGAUUCAAACAGGCAUCUGUGCAGUGUGGCUGUUCACAUUUUCCCCUUUUCCUGACAUUGACACUCAUUCAGAAAUUGAGGAGAUCAUACUUCAAUGCAAUGAAGGCUCAUCUACCAUGUUCUAUUGUGUCUUGGGCUACAUGGGCUUUCUGGCAUCUGCCAGUUUCACAGUAGCAUUUUUCUCAAGGAAUCUCCCCAGCAGUUUUAAUGAGGCCAAAUGCCUCACAUUUAGUAUGCUGAUCUUCUGCAGUGUGUGGAUCUCUUUUGUUCCAUCCUACCUGAGCACAAAAGGCAAAUAUAUGGUGGCUGUGGAGGUUUUCUCCAUUUUGACCUCCAGUGCAGGUUUGCUUGUCUGCAUCUAUUUUCCCAAAUGUUACAUAAUUAUCUGUAGAUCAGAGCUAAACAAUAGGGAGCAACUCAUUAAAAGAAAAGGUUCAUAA